AUGGAUUUUUAUUCGUACCCUGUGAUUGAUGGCAAGAAAUCUAUGGAUAUUCCAUAUGAAAUUUUUAAUGAAGAUAUUAAAUUGUGUGAAGACAAGGUUAUUGGAGCUUUUGUGGGUAGAAGAUUACCUUUCAAUUGGGUUCACAAUGCUAUCAAUCGAGCUUGGAAGACUAAAGGUAACAUUCAAAUGACAAUCCAUAGUGAGAGUAUAUUUAUCUUUGAUUUUAAUUGUCCUGAGGAUAGAGCACGUGCUUUAGAAAUGGGUUCUAUCUUUAUAUCAAACAGAUUAUUCAUUAUCACACCUUGGUCUAGACCUGUGGAACAAGAGAUUGCCGAAUUGAAAUCCCUCCCAGUUUGGAUGAAUUUUAGAAAUGUUCCAUUGUUUAUGUGGAAUAAGAAGGGGCUAAGUAUGAUAGCUAGUUUUCUAGGCAAACCACUUAUGAUGGAUACACAAACUUUGAACAAGACUAGAAUGAAUUAUGCAAGAAUUUGUGUGGAAGUGGAUGUUACUUGUGAAUUCCCUGAUUCUUUCACUUUUACUUUAGGAGGAAAAGAUAAAGUUGAGUAUUCUUGGAAACCUUCAAAAUGUAAUGAAUGUGCAGUUUUUGGUAAUUCUUCCUUAAAUUUUCCAAAGCAUAUUAAGCCCUCACAAAAAGUAGUGCAAAAGUGGGUGCAGAAGAAAGCUACUACUAAUGUGGAUCAGGAAGGGUGGAUUACAAAAUCCAAAAAUGGGGUACAAAAUAAUGAUUCGGUUACUGAAGUUAUAGAGAAGGUAGUUUCACAUACUGCUAUGGAUAUUGAUCAGAUGGAUCCAGUACAAGAAGUUACCACAGUUUUACAGGAAAUAAGUACAAGAAAAGACAAUAAUGUUAAUGAUUUUAUAGCUUCUAAUCCUUUUUUCAUUUUAGAUAAAUGUAUGGGGAACUCUCAUGAGCUACCAGCAGAGCAUAACAAAGAAACCUUCCAAGCUUUAAUGAAUGCAGCUCAACAAAAAUCAAAAGAAUAUGAAGCUUCUAGUUCUGGAUCCAUAUCACAUUUUCAGAGAAGGGAAGGCCUAUUACCACCAGCUAUCAAUCUAGUUCCUAAGAUUUCAUACUUGAAGACGUCUGCUAGAGAUAAUGAUUGUGUUUACAGUGUUGGGAGAAUUUGGGUAGCUUGGGAUCCUGGAGUUGUUCAGAUUAGUCUUAUAAGUUCCUCCCCCCAAGCAAUUUUCUUAGAGAUUUCUUUCUCUUCAGAGUUGAAUUUUGUGGCUACCUUUGUUUAUGGAGACAACUACUAUGUUACUAGGAACUCAUUAUGGGAUUUUAUUAAUGCCUUUGCUUCUUUCAAUGAAUUUUCAAGGUGUGUUCAGUAUUCUCAGCUUUUGGAUUUGCCUUACUCUGGGUGUUUCUUUACUUGGUCAAAUUGUCAUCAGGAUGGUACUAUAAUUAGACCUAAACUGGAUAGAGUGAUGACAAAUAUGAUAGAGAUUUUUUGGGAGUGGGCAAUAAAGGCUGGAACAUCACUGUUAAAGCUUAUAUUCAAGAACAUUUCUGAACAAGUUAUUAAUGCUAAAGAAAGAAUGGAUUCUGCUCAACUGCUACUCCAAUCUCAUCCUCUUGAUUCUGAUUUAGCUAGAAGAGAAAGAUUGUAUGUUAAUGAAUAUGUGAAGUUAGCUAAUGAUGAAGAAUCUGCUGCUAAACAACAAUCUAGAAUUAAAUGGCUAGAUUUGGAUGAUGUUGCUGAUCUUAUCAAGCAUGUUAGUAGAGAAGAAGUGAUUAUUGCUUUACAUUCCAUUGGUUCUAACAAGGAUCCUGGACCAGAUGGAUUUUCAAGUCACUUUUUCAAGGCCUGCUGGACUACUCUGGGAGAUGAAUUGGUUGCUGCUAUUCAAAACUUCUUUAAUAAAUCAAAAUUGCUGAAAGAGGUAAAUAGUACAUUCAUCACUUUGAUUGCUAAGAAAAAAAAUCCUUCCUUUGUAACUGAUUAUAGACCAAUAUCUUGCUGCAAUGUUAUUUACAAAUGUAUUACCAAGAUAAUUUCUUUAAGGAUGAAGAAAAUUCUAGGGGGUCUCAUAAGUCAGAACCAAUCAACUUUUAUCUCAGGAAGAUCAAUCCAAGAUAACAUCAUGGUGGCUCAUGAACUAGUUAGAAACUAUCACAGAUCAAAAGGUUCUCCAAGGUGUGCACUUAAAAUUGAUCUUACUAAAGCCUAUGACACUGUCAGAUGGGAAACCAUUUUUUAUAUGUUACAACAACUUGGUUUUCCAGAUAUGUUCAUUAACUGGAUUCAACGGUGCAUCACUUCAGCUAAAUUUUCUAUAAUUAUCAAUGGAUCACCUUAUGGUUUCUUUGGUGCCAAGAGAGGUCUGAGACAAGGAUGCCCAAUUUCUCCAUACUUAUUUGUUCUUGCUAUGGAAAUGCUAAGUGCUACUCUACUUCAGCAGGUCAAAAUUCAAAAAUUUGGUUUUCAUCCAAUAUGCAAGUUGACUAGCUUAACCCACCUUUGUUGUGCUGAUGAUGUAAUGAUUUUCUUUAAGGGUUCCAUAGCUGUUGCAUCUAGUCUAAAGGAAGCCCUGGUAGAAUUUAGUAAUUAUACUGGUUUAGAAAUAAACAAUCAGAAGACCUCUCUUUUCUACUCAGCUGUGGAUGAUAUAACUUUGCAACAAAUAGUUCAAAUUUUGAACUGUUCAGUGGGGGAGCUGCCAAGGGCUAUUAAGGAGCUGAACUCUAAAUUUAAAAGGUUUCUUUGGUGUGGUGCUGAAUUAAAGAAGAGGUCCAAUCCAAUUAAAUGGACUUUUACUUGUCAUCCUUGUGAAGAAGGUGGAUUGGGAAUCAGGGAUCUGGAAAAUACUAAUAUUGCUGCUAAUCUGAGGCAUAUAUGGGACCUUGUUUCAGGGAAGAACACUAUAUGGACCACAUGGGUUAAAUGUAACCUAAUCAAGGAUAAAGACUUUUGGGCUAUGAACAUUCCUCAAAACUCUUGUUGGUUCUGGAGAAGAAUAUUAGACCAUAAAGAUAUUGCAAAGAAACACAUUGGAGUUAUGCUAGGGAAUGGAGAGGCUACAAGUUUUCUUCAUGAAAAUUGGCACUCAAGAGGGAUAAUUACUGACUGGGUUGCUCCUCAUAUUCUUGACACUAUUCGGAUUACUGAAGAAUCCAAAGUUGUUGACUUUCUCUCUACUACUGGAUGGUAA